AUGCGUUUCCCCUCGGCUGGUCCGUCUCUUGUCGUGCUUCCUUUGCUCGCCGCUCAGGCAGCGGCAGCGCCCUCCUACCGUCGCACUCACCCUCGCUUUGGUAAGAUCAUCCGCCCUCGUGCUGGAGGCCCCCUCGUCGAGCCUUCCUCGGCCGCCGCUGAGGCUUCUUCCGCCGAGGCCACGGUAGUCUCCGCCUCUGCGUCGGCCAGCGACGUCGCAUCCGCCUCUGUCACCUCGAUUGCGCCCGAGGUUUCGACUUCUGCCAACUCGACUUCGACCGUGGCGGAUGCACCCGAGGCAUCCAACGCCACCGCUUCUUCUGGUGCUGGCACCAGCAAGGACUCUGGCGUCUGGCACGCCCCGCCCCCUCUCAUCAUCAACGGUACUGGACACGAAGCCCCCGAGUCGGCCGCCCCGGAGCCGUCCUCCAAUGGCACCUCGUCUGCGGUUCCCAUAGUCUCUGCCAACGCCACCGCCUCUAGCCUCCCCGUGGAGACCAGCGACGCUACCGCCUCGGCUUCGGCUGAGGCCAGCGCCUCUGCCUCUGCGUCGGCUUCUGGCGAGGCUGAGGCUGAGCCUUCUUCGGAGGCCUCUUCCGCCGCCAGCAACGCUUCUGCUUCGGUUUCUUCGACCCAGUCGAAGACUCCCACCCCGUCUUCCUCGCGUGACAACUCUGGUGACGACACAAUCCCGGUCGCCCCCAGCCACGAUGCCGAGGCCGUCUCGUCUGUUCAGUCCAAGGCUGCCGUGUUCAACACGAUCAACUACACGAACUACGUGCAGCAGACGCUGACCCAGACCUCGGCCGUGACGUCGACCUCGAUCAUGGCCGCCGCCGCCGAGGCUACGGGUGGCUCUGGCGACAUCUACGCCGAGGCCCAGAAGCUCGCUGAGCAAUACGUCCAGUCCAUGAUGGCUAACGAGUACGGCAAGCUCCUUCCCACAGUGACCCUCAACGUCAUUCUCGAGCCCACUCAGGAGGCUGACGGUCACUGGGACUAUGCCGUCCACCUCGGAAACGACGGCACCCACACCGCCGUUCCCACCUUUGUCCCCUCUUCGAUGCCCACCGUCGCUGCGCCCCCGCCCAAGAUUACCUCUAGCAGCGUGGCUCCCGCUCCUGCUUCCAGCAGCGCUUCGAAGAAGGGACCCCUCACCGCCACUGCCGACCUCAGUGGCCCCGCUCCCUCCUCGACUGGUUCGGGAGGCAAGAACGUUGUUCCCGAGAAUGAGGAGAACCUGGUCCCGGCUCCUAGCGUCAACCCCAUCGGCGGCAUCUCGACCACGGCCAACUGGACCCCCAAGCCGACCGUGGCCAACCCCAAGCCGACCACUUCCUCCAGCAAGGCCCCGGCUCCUACCUCCUCGUCCACCCACCAGGCGGACAAGGAGGUCCCCACUGACGACAGCAACGACUACACUCCUCCGGCUCCCACCGGCGGUAACGACAACUCUGCUCCUUCGGCUGCCCCUACCCAGGACAAGCCCGCUCCCACUCAGGACAGCCAGAAGCCCGCUCCGGCCCCCGCUCCCUCCUCAACUCCUACCGACAACGGUGACGACAACUCUGGAGAGGAGGAGGACAACGGCGACGAGUGGGAGGAGGAGCCCAGCGACAACAACGACAACGAGGACGGUGGCGACUGGGUCGCCCCCGCCCCCGCUCCCGCCACCUCUUCCGAGGCUUCGGCUGCUCCUGCCCCCACCUCGGAGGAGCCCGCCCCCGAGCCUUCGGCCGCCCCCGCCCCCUCGAACAACGGACAGGAAUCUUCGGGUUCGUAUGAGUCUUCGACCGAGCAGUCUGUAGUUGCUACCGCUUCCGCUACUUCUUCCGACUCGGCUGGGCCCUCGGCCUCUGAGUCUGCUUCGCCUUCGGUUUCCGCUGAGCCCAACGUUUCUGCUGAGCCCUCGGCCUCCGUUGAGCCUUCUGUUUCUGCUGAACCAUCCGCCUCUGCCGAGUACUCGACUUCCGCCGAGCCCUCGACUUCGGCCACUGCCGAGAUCUCGUCGAAGCCUUCCGCUUCCGCCGAGCCCUCCUCUGCCGAGUCGUCUGCCUCCGCUGAGGUCACCGAGUCCACCGGCAGCGCUAUUGCUUCCGCUUCCGCUUCCGCUACUCCGUCCGCCACCUCGAGCGCGCCCGACGUUGAGCAGCCCGCGGAUCCCGAGGUCUCGAGCGAGCCCUCUGUCUCCGCGUCCGCCUCUGCUUCCGCUUCUGACGUUUCGGUUUCCGUCCAGCCCACCGUUUCUGCAUCAUCUAACGCGACAGCUUCUCCUGAGCCCACCGCUUCGUCUGCCGAGCCGUCCGCCGAGCCUUCGGCCACCGCUUCUGCUUCCGCUGAGGUCUCUGCCUCGGCUUCCGCCGAGCCUUCCGCCUCUGCUUCUGCUGAGCCUUCCGCUGAGCCUUCGGCUUCCGCCACCGAGUCUGCCGAGCCUUCGGCCUCCGCUACUGAGUCCGCUGAGCCCUCGUACUCUGCCGAGCCCUCCGCCACCCCCUCCGCCGAGACCCCCGAUGACGCCCCGUCUACUUCUGCUGAGGCGUCUGCUACCCCCUCGGCUGAGGUCUCCGCGGAGCCUUCUGCUGAGCCCUCUGCCACCGAGUCCUCUGCUGAGGCUUCGGCCGAGCCUACGCCUGCCCCGUCUACCAGCGUUGAGGAGAGCGAGGAUGGCAUUAGCACCACGUACACCACGUCGUGGACCACUGUUAACGUCACCAUGACUCGCGACCCCCAGCCCACUGGCAACGCUUCGGCUUCCGAUUCGUCUGUCGUCCCCUCUGCCACCACCCUGCCCGAGACUGAGCCUACUGUUUCCAGCAACUCGACUGAGCUUCCUAGCCCCACCGGCAACUCAACCGAGCUCCCCUCUGUCUCUGGCAACUCUACCGAGGUCCCCACCUCGACUGGCAACUGGACUGAGCUUCCCAUUGAGACUGGCAACAUUACCGAGCCUUCCGCGUCCGCUUCCCCGUCCAGCAACGCGACUGCCUCAGCUGAGCCCACUCCCUCUGCGAACGCUACCUCUGUCCUCCCCGAGCCUUCCGCCAACGUGACUUCGUCGGUUGAGCCUUCGCCCUCGGCGAACGUUACCUCUGCUCUCCCGUCGCCCUCUGCCAAUGUCACGUCGUCGGUCGAGCCUUCGCCCUCUGCCAACGCUACCUCCGCUCUUCCGUCGCCUUCUGCCAACGCCACCGCCUCGGCUGAGCCUUCGCCCUCCGCGAACGCUACUUCUGUGCUCCCGUCGCCUUCGGCCAACGCUACCUCGUCGGUUGAGCCUUCGCCCUCUGCCAACGCCACUGCUUCGGCUGAGCCCUCGCCCACUGGCAACGUGACCGCGCCCAUUGAGCCUUCCCCGUCGGCGUCUGCCUCGGCCAACGCUACAAUCUCGGCUGAGCCUUCGCCUUCGCCCUCUGCCAACGCUUCCGCGUCGGUUGAGCCGUCUCCUUCCGCCAACGUUACGUCUGCCCUCCCGUCGCCUUCGGCUAACGCGACUUCGUCGGUUGAGCCCUCUCCCUCUGCCAACGCCACGAUUACCCCGUCGCCUUCGACGUCUGCUUCUGCCAACGUCACCUCGUCCGUUGAGCCCUCCCCCUCGGCCUCUGCGAACGUGACUUCGUCGGUUGAGCCUUCGCCUUCGGCCAACGCCGCUAUUUCGGCUUCCGCGUCGGCUUCGCCCUCCCCUUCGGCUAACGCCACCUCUUCGGUUGAGCCUUCCCCGUCGGCGAACGUGACCUCGUCUGUCCUGCCUUCGCCUUCGGCCAGCUCCUCCGCUGAGGCCUCCUCGUCAGCGUCGGCCUCUGCUACCUCGUCGGCGUCGGCUUCGCCCUCGCCUUCGUCGGCCACGCCUUCGCCUUCGUCGUCUGAGUCCGCUUCGGCCUCGGCUUCGUCGUCUGCCAGCGCCUCUGCCUCUGCCUCUGAGUCCGCUUCUGCCUCUGAGUCCGCUUCCGCCUCUUCGUUUGCCAGCGUCUCGGCGUCUGCCUCUGCCAGCUCGUCCGCUGAGGCCAGCGCUUCGGCUUCGCCUUCGGCCACGAGCUCUGGCGCUGAACCCUCUGCCACUGACGGAGAGUUCUGCGAGCGCGACUACACUGACGAGGAGUACGAGGAGAUCUGGGUCUACGAGGACGAGAUCCAGGAGGGAGACAUCAUUCUCCAGUAA